GUGAGGUUUCUUCAGUGAGACGUAGUAUUAACUGUCAUUGGUAUCUUGUUCUUCCUUGCUUCGGGGUGAAAAGAACAAGUGGUUAAUCUAGCAGUCAGUCAGAUAUCCCUGUGCUGGAGCUGGACUGCACAUUGUGCCACAUUGUCAUCUGGUGACAAGUUGCUAUCUCCAUUAACUGUACGAGCCCCUCCCAUCUUAACUUUUCUGGGCUCAGCUGAGUUCCCUGCUACCUGCACGCUCUCAAGCUCAAGCUCAUCUUUUUUGCUCCCAAUGUCCAAGAACUUCGGUUAAUCUCCUUUGCUCCUGCACCACAAUCCUAGAUUCGUAGAGUUCUUAAUCGAGGAGGCUGAAAGGGAUUUGGAGCUGGGCUGAAGCUCAAGGAAUCUUCAGAGAAAAAAGAAUGGGUGGAACCCGUGGCCAUGCUCUGCUCAUCUUGCUGUCGGUGGCGUCGCUGGCAUUGGUGCCGGGGACCACGUCGCUGCAGCCCUCGCAGACCUGGUCUCUCUUCAAGCUCCGGCAGCUGCUGGCCAACCCGCCGGUCCUCGGAACCUGGCACAACUACACCGACUUCUGCUACGGCGGCGACUACAAGACCGCAUCCGCUUUCGUCGAGUGCUACGAGGACAGCGUCACCCAGCUCCACAUCAUCGGCGACCCUGGUCCAGGCGGCGCCCGCGUUCGCCCGCUCCCAAAGACCUUCUCCAUCGACGCCUUGUUCACGACGCUGGCGAGGCUGCCGGACCUCAAGGUGCUCACGCUCACCAACCUCGGCCUAUGGGGGCCGCUGCCGGCGAAGAUCUCCCGGCUCGACAAGCUGGAGAUCGUCAACGUCAGCUCCAACUACCUCUACGGCGAGCUCCCGCGGGGGCUCUCCCAACUCGGCAGCCUCCAGACGCUGGUCGCCGACAACAACAUGCUGAGCGGCGAGCUGCCGGGCUGGCUCGGGGGCGGCGGCCUGCCGCUUCUCGCCGUGCUGAGCCUUCGGAACAACACGCUUCAGGGGACUCUGCCGGAGUCCGUGAAGCAGAUGCCGUCGCUGAGGUCGCUCGUGCUCGCGUCCAACAACUUCUCCGGGAACCUGCCGGACCUGAGCGGCUUGAAGAACCUCCAGGUGAUCGACAUGGCGGACAACGCGCUCGGGCCGGUGUUCCCAAAGCUCGGCCGGAAGGUGGCCAGCGUCGUGCUCGCCGGCAACAAGUUCAGCGACGGCCUCCCCGCCGACCAGCUCGCAUCCUGCUACCUCCUGGAGCGCCUGGACGUGUCGGGUAACAGGUUCGUUGGGCCCUUCCCGCAGGCGCUGCUCUCCCUGCCGUCCAUCGAGUACCUCAGCAUCGCCGGGAACAGGUUCACCGGGAGGCUCUCCAGCAACGCCUCCUGUGGCGACAACCUCCGGUUCGUCGACCUCUCCUCGAACCUCCUCACCGGGAGCCUCCCGGCCUGCCUUGCUAUCCCGGCUAAGAACUCCGACUCCAAGACGGUGCUCUUCUCGGCCAAUUGCCUCUCCACCGGCGACGACUCCCAGCACCCUUCACCGUUCUGUCGGAACCAGGCUCUGGCCGUGGGGAUAGUGCCUGAGCAUGGACCCAAGAAGCAUGGCGCGAAGGCCGGUCUCGUGGUCGCCAUUGUCACCGCCGUUCUUGCUGGAGCAUUAGUUGUGGGCGCCGCGAUCUUCUUUGCGGUGAGGAAGGCGAGCAGGCCGAAGAAGAGGCCUACCCGGAGAUUGGUGGAGCACGCAUCGAGCGCUUACCCAUCCAAUUUGCUCGCCGAUGCGCGUUACAUAUCUCAGACAGUGAAGUUGGGGGCUCUCGGCAUUCCGGCAUACAGAUCAUUCUCUCUGGUCGAGCUCGAGGCCGCCACCGAUAACUUCGAAGUCUCGAGCCUGAUGGGGCAAGAUGCUCAUGGCCAGAUGUACCGUGGGAGGCUAAGUAAUGGGACCCCAGUGACAAUCCGGUCACUGAAGGUGAAGAAGAGCCAGUCAACACAGAGCUUCAACCGACACAUCGAGAUGAUAUCAAAGCUCAGGCAUCGACACCUGGUCAGCGCGCUCGGGCACUGCUUCGAGUACAACCUCGACGAUUCAACAGUGACGCAGCUGUUUCUCGUUUUCGAAUACGUGCAGAACGGCAACCUGAGGGGCAGGAUCUCACAGGGAACGGAAGGGCGAAGGCUCACCUGGGGGCAGAGAAUAUCGACCACCAUUGGGCUCGCCAAGGGUAUUCAGUUCUUGCAUGGAGGGAUCAUACCUGGUCUGUUUGCAAAUAACCUCAAGAUCACCAACAUUCUUCUGGAUCAGAAUCAGGUUGCCAAAAUUGGCAGCUACAAUAUCCCCAUCCUAUCUGAGACUGUGAAAUCUGAGGGAGGAGCUGGAAACAAGUACCAUUCUGAUAGGGUACCCAAUGGUGAUAAGAUUGACAUGUACGAUUUCGGCGUGAUACUACUCGAAGUUAUCACAGGCAGGCCCAUCAGUUCCAUAUAUGAGGUAGAGAUAAUGAAAGAACAGUUGCAAUCGGCGUUGACAGCGGAAGGACCAAGCAAGCGGCGGAGCUUUGUUGACCCAGCAGUGAGCAAAGGGUGCUCCGACGAGUCAAUGAGGACUGUCAUGGAGAUCUGCCUGCGGUGUCUCGCCAAGGAGGCAAUGCAGAGGCCUUCGGUCGAGGACGUGCUAUGGAACCUGCAGUUCGCUGCGCAGGUGCAGGAUGACUGGAGAGGGGACUCCAGAAGCAGCGAGGAGUCACCGCUCUCCCCGUCUCAGGUCCAGGAAGAAUCAGCACUGUACUGACCACUAAGCAGCAGGCUGAGAAGAAUCAUAGGCAAGCACGCAGCAGGGACGAUGCGAUGCUUACCUAUGAUCUUCCGAUGAUCAUCGUGGCUGCAGGGAAGAAUUAGACAGGAUAUUUUCAGGCCAAGCAGCUGAAGCUGGACCUCGUGAUGCAUAUACCCUUACUUGCAUCCUGUAGUCUGCACCAAGGGCCACUGGAUAUGAUGAGUUUUGAAAUUCUGACUAUGUAAGUAGGGUCACCGUGCUUGAUUUUCUCCACCAAUAGGACAAAAAGUAACAUAUGAAGCAAUUGUAAUAUAUUUUUGUUAUGGGCUGGAAUGCAAAAACAAGGGAAAAAUACUUUGUAAUGGUUCUGUAAUAUUCCAAUAAAACCAUUAUGAGUUCA